AUGAUCAGCAACGGCCGUGAAGAUGUCGAAUUUACGACAGUCGAUGGGCUCAUGCUCCGAGGCUGGCUCUUUCCAGCAACGCAGCGAGGACCCGCCAUUAUCAUGACCCCUGGGUUCAACAUGACCAAGGAGAUGAUUGUCGCAGAGGUCGCCGAGUAUUUUCACGCCGCUGGCUUCACGGUCCUCAGCUACGACCCGCGAUCGAUUGGCGCCAGUGAAGGCACUCCUCGCAACGAGAUCCAUCCCGGCCGGAAUGUGGAAGACUACCAUGAUGCACUCACUUUCCUCCGCAGCCACCCGCUCGUGGACCCGACCCGCAUUGCCUUCUGGGGGUAUUCCUUCAGCGGCAUGGUGGCCCUGUGCGCAGCGGCCCUGGACAAGCGCGUCAAAGCCGUGGUGGCCGUCUCGCCACUGACCAUCUGGGAGUUCAGCAAGUGGCCCAAGGUGCUGGCCAAGGCCAUGAAGGACCGCGCCUCGAGGCUGGCCGGCAACCCUCCGGUCUAUCUCCCCAUGCUGACCGAGGACGGGGAGAGCCCGGCGGGAUUUGGGACCGGUUUCGCGGUCGAGGAUGUGUAUACGAUGAUCGCGCGUGCCACCGAGAUCGAGCCCAACUUUGUGCCCCAGACCACCCUCAGCAGCUACUACCACAUUGGCGCGUUCCAGCCGUUCGGCCUGAUGCCGUUUGUUUCCCCGACUCCAGCGAUGAUCGUGACGCCGGAGAAUGACUUGGUUUCCCCAGUCAAGCUGCAGAAAUCGCUAAUUUACGACGUAUUGCGCGAGCCUAAACAGUUGUUGAUGGUGCGCGAUAAGGGCCACAUGAAUGUCUUGAGUGGGAAGGACUCUACCAAGACUCUGGAUGCACAGAUUGCCUUUCUUCGGGAUAUAAUGGGGGAGUGA